UGUCAACAGACCCUCCGAUUGAUGCUGCUGAGUGGUGGUGCCUUUUGCUGAUCUGCACACAAAAUAAAAUCAACAUAAAGAGAUUCAACAUCAUCAUUGGCUGCGAUUUUUCGAAAUAAUUUACAUUUGCCGCAAGUGGCACUUUUGCUGCGUAGUGCACCGCCAAGUGGUGGCCUAGAAUAACAUGUCGAUCACAGAAUUUCUGAAAGAUUUACCCUGCCACAACGAGGACAACUUUUCGCUGUUCAACACGGAAAAUGGCGUGAAGACAUCCUCGAAGCGGCCCUCGGUCUACAUCCCGACCGUGGACAUUCCCUCGGAACAGGUCAUUGUUACCGAAAAGAAGAAUAUUCUGCUCCGUUAUCUGCAUCAGCAAUGGGACAAAAAGAAUGCCCCCAAAAAGCGGGAGCACGGCACCGACCCCAACAGCGACACCCUGCGAAAACGGCCCCGCCUGGAACAGCGAGACAACAACAACACAUAAAAAUCGUUCGCCUCCACACCCAGCUAGUGCCGGCAGACUCUAAUCUUCCCCAUCAUCUUGCUAGCUCCAAACUUUGCAAAUCAGUCAUCUCGAUGUCAUCGCCGCCGCCGCCGCCGCUUCAAUCACACCAGGAAUCAGAGAACUAGAGUAACAUAAACAAAAAAAAAAAAAAUAGCGAGUAAUUGUAGGAUCUUAACGGAAACAAAAAUGCAACAUUUAAUCUGACUUACCACGAAAGCCUUGACGAGUUUGAGGUUUUCGGAUCGCGGAUAACACAACAAAACACUACAGAUUACCUCCGGUUCGCCACUGUCACUGAGAAAUGUAUUUGCUUGGGGUCGAAGACUUUCAGUUUUCUUUUUCGUUUACUUUGCUCUACUAGGUUUAGCGUACGUAGAUAUUAACUGAUAUGAAAAGAAGAACAUUAUUCAGCAUUUUGAUUCAAUGGUGUCUUGUUCUUAUUUGUCGAGUAACUUCUGUUGUCAUAACCGAGUGCGUUUGAAAGUAUCAUAAAGUUUGGUAGCUGGUAAAUGGACCAUCCUUCGUUUGGCAAAGUUAUAACUGAG